AUGCUCCCCAUCCUAGACUCUCUGUACCGCAGCCUGGAUGUCACCACCAUAGCGGUCCUCAUCCCCACCGCCUUCAUCCUCGCCCAUCUUAUUCCUUACCUUGUCGAUCCACAUGGAAUAAGGCAGUAUCCUGGCCCCUUCUUUGCAAAGUUCACAGACGCCUGGUUGGGUUUGGUCUGCAAGGAAGGUCAUCGCUCCGAGGUAAUUCACGGAAUGCAUAGGAAAUAUGGUCCAUACGUUCGUAUUGCUCCCAACCAUGUCUCGGUCGCUGUCCCCGACGCUCUCUCGAUCAUCUAUGCCCACGGAAAUGGUGCCCUCAAGUCCGCUUUCUAUGACGCCUUCGUUUCCAUUCGCCGUGGAGUCUUCAACACCCGUGACCGCAACGACCAUGCCCGAAAACGCAAAAUUAUCUCACACAUCUUCUCUCAGAAGAGUGUUGUCGAGUUUGAACCUCAGAUUCGGCUGUAUGUCGGCCUGUUUAUCAAACAAUGGGAUCGGCUCUGUGACGGUGCCGUGAAGGGUCUUUCUGGAGAUGAUGGUGAGGGUGGCUGGCGGGGAGAAAGCGGACGUCUCUGGCUAGAUUGUUUACCUUGGUCGAAUUAUCUUGCCUUUGACAUCGUCGGCGAUCUCGCCUUCGGAGCGCCCUUCGGCAUGGUAGAAGCUGCCCAAGAUUCAGCCCUUGUCGCCAAAGAUCCUAAGCAUGUCAUGGCGACUUAUGGGAGUGAGACAGAAGCCGAAGUCAUCGCGAUUCCUGCUGUCAAGAUCCUCAAUGGUCGUGGAGAAUAUUCCAUGUCUAUGGGUGUGCUCCCAGCCUGGUGGCGUCCCUUUGUUCGCCAACUGCCAUGGUACAGACGGGGUUUAAAAGAUGUUAAGUCCCUAGCAGGUAUCGCUAUCAUGGCUGUCGCUCGUCGACUAGCAACUCCCACGGACCGCGUCGACCUUUUAAGUAAACUGAAGGCUGGCAUUGACAGCGACGGAAAUCCUAUGGGUCGGGAAGAAUUGACUGCCGAGGCAUUAACUCUUCUCAUCGCUGGUUCAGAUACUACUUCCAACUCAACAUGCGCUAUCAUCUACUACUUGGCUCGCAACCGCUUUGCCCAGGCGAAAUUGCACAAAGAGCUUGAUGAACAGCUCGGAACCGAAGACGAAACGGUUGCCAAUGGACAGCAAGUGAAGCGGCUGCCCUACCUCGAUGCUUGCAUCAACGAGGCAUUGCGUAUUCAUUCGACUUCUGCUCUCGGCCUUCCCCGCGUUGUCCCUGAGGGUGGGUUGACCAUAAAGGGGGAAUUCUUCCCAGAGGGCACGGUGUUGAGUGUUCCCAGCUACUCCAUUCAUCGCGAUCCUACCGUCUGGGGUGAAGAUGUUGAAGAUUAUCGACCCGAGCGAUGGUUCGAAUGUGACAUCGCUGCCAUGCAGAAAACUUUCAACCCAUUUUCAGUCGGACCAAGAGCCUGUGUCGGGCGUAACCUCGCAUUCUUGGAACUACAGAUCAUCAUCGCAUCGAUCAUGCGUCGUUACGACAUCGUUCUCGCAGAUCCUAACCAACCCCUUGAGACGCGCGAGGGCUUCCUCAGGAAACCCCUUGAAUGUAAGGUUGGCAUAAAGCGACGAGAUGUUUGAUACCUCUUUUUAGUCUCUGUUUAUUCCUCUCUGUUGGAUUUAUAUCCUUUGAUAUCCUCACGGUUUUUCUUGCAUUCUCCACCCUAUGUACAAGUCAUUGUAAUACAGCAUUGUAAAUCGUACCAUAUUCCACAUAUGAAGAAUUCCCAACAUAGACGUGGGGAUCUUCACCCAU